AUGAAACCCUGGGGAACACUCGCUCUAGCUACUACGCUAGUUUUGCCAUGGUUUCCUGUGGUUCUGGGAGCAGUACGAGUUGACUCUGAAGCUGAACUAUAUAACUCCUUUGAUAGGAUAAAGCGGGGAGCUGUUAUAAACGAUGUUUUUGAAAUCAAGCAGGCUCUAAUUGACCAACAAAAAGAGAAGAACGGUGAUAAGGACGAAUGUCCACCCUGUUUCAACUGUAAUUUGCCUAAUUUCGAGUGUGUUCAGUUUUCUGAAUGUAACAUAUUCACUGGUAAUUGCGGCUGUAGAGAUGGUUUUGGUGGGGUUGACUGCAGUGAGCCAUUGUGUGGGGCUCUUUCAGACGGGAACAACAAUAGACCCGUAAGAAAGAAGGCUACUUGCGAAUGCAAAGAGGGCUGGAAGGGUAUAAAUUGUAACAUGUGUACUGAUGAUUCUGUUUGUGAUGCUUUCAUGCCCGAUGGUUUGAAGGGGACGUGCUAUAAGACUGGUAUUAUCGUUAACAAGUUCCACCAGAUGUGUGAUGUAACGAAUCCUAAGAUCAUUCUGAUUUUGGGCGGAAAGAAGCCUCAAGCCACUUUCAGCUGUAACAAGACAGCAGAAAACUGUAACUUCCAGUUCUGGAUUGACGAGCGGGAGUCCUUCUACUGUGACUUGAACAAAUGUGUUUUAGACUAUGACCUAGUAGCAAACACUACGAAGUACAACUGUGAAGAAGUCGCCUGUAAAUGUUUGCCUGACAGAAUGUUGUGUGGAGAAGCUGGAUCUAUUGAUAUUUCUGACUUCUUGACAGAAACCAUUCGUGGACCAGGUGACUUCACCUGUGAUGUUGCUGACAGGAAGUGCCGUUUCUCAGAGCCCAGUAUGAACGACUUGAUCCAAAGUGUCUUUGGUGAUCCGUACAUCACGUUGAAGUGCAAAUCUGGUGAGUGUGUUCAUAAAAGUGAGAUUCCGGGCUAUGAAGUUCCUGAUAGAAAUAAGCUUACUUUGAACAACAUCUUGCUAUUAGCAGGAGUUGUUUUGGUUACAGCAUUAUUGGUAGCAACUACUAUACAUAACAUCCGUCAAUCUCCUUUGUUUAAAGCUGGAAUUGGUUCCUUCGAGCCAUUAGAUGGAGACUCGAGUGCUUUGAACAAUAACUUUACUCCUACCAAUAUUGCGUUUGAAGGUAUCAGCUACAGAGUUAGGAGUGGACAGCAGGUUUUGAAUAAUGUCUCUGGUAAAAUUGAGCCAGGUGAAUGUUUGGCCAUUAUGGGAGGCUCUGGAGCAGGUAAAACGACUCUCUUAGAUAUCUUGGCUGGUAAAAACAAGGGCGGUGAAGUUUAUGGAAGCAUCUAUGUCAACGGCAACAUAUUGAACCCAGACGACUACAAGAAAAUUGUUGGUUUUGUAGACCAAGAAGACCAUUUGAUUCCUACCUUGACAGUUUAUGAAACUGUUUUGAACAGUGCCUUGCUUAGACUUCCAAGGAACAUGACCUUGAGACAAAAGGAAUCUAGAGUUAUUGAAGUGUUGAACGAGUUAAGAAUUUUAAGUAUCAAAGAUAGAGUCAUUGGCUCCAACUUCAAAAGAGGUAUUUCGGGAGGUGAAAAGAGAAGAGUUUCUAUUGCUUGUGAAAUGGUUACCUCUCCUUCUAUCUUGUUCUUGGACGAGCCCACUUCUGGUCUUGAUUCCUAUAAUGCCAGAAAUGUUGUAGAGUGUUUGGUGAAGUUAUCUAGAGACUUCAACCGCACUAUUGUAUUCACUAUUCAUCAACCAAGAAGUAAUAUCGUUUCUUUGUUUGACAAGUUAAUUUUGUUGUCUGAAGGUGAUUUGAUUUACUCGGGGGAUAUGAUCAAGUGCAACGACUUCUUUGCUAAAUAUGGUUACCAGUGCCCUUUGGGUUACAAUAUUGCUGACUACUUGAUUGACAUCACCAUCGACCAUAAAAAGAUUGUUAGAGUACCAUCCGAAGAUGAGAUUGCAGAAGAAGGAAGCUCAGAAGGACACGAAGAUAUUCACCAAGCUUUUGUUGAAGAUACUGCGGGAGAGGUCGACACUACCAGAGAAUGGGAACACUUUGCUGUUCACAGAGAUGAGUACAACUACGCACCCUUAACUAAAAAAGGAUCGAAGGAUCAAAGCAAGUAUAUUCAGAUCAAGAAUAAGCUUCCUCAAAUCUUUGCUGAUUCAGUAUUGGCAAUCGAAUUACAGACUGAAAUCGAUGAGGCAAAGAAUAACCCUGUUCCUCUUGACUUAAAGAAUCAUAUGAUGAAGAAGGCUAGCUUCCUUAAUCAGAUCCUUAUCUUGUCUUCCAGAACAUUCAAAAACUUGUACAGAAAUCCUAGAUUGUUGUUGACUAACUAUGUCUUGUCUUUGGUGGUUGGUGCAUUCUGUGGAUAUUUGUACUACAGCGUAGCCAAUGAUAUUAGUGGAUUCCAGAAUAGAUUGGGUCUCUUCUUCUUCGUAUUGGCUUUCUUUGGUUUUUCGGCAUUGACUGGUUUACAUUCAUUUUCUUCAGAAAGAAUCAUUUUCAUCCGUGAAAGAGCAAAUAAUUAUUACCAUCCAUUUGCGUAUUACAUCAGUAAGAUUGUAUGUGAUAUUCUUCCUUUGAGAGUUCUUCCUCCCAUCUUGUUGAUUAGUAUUGCUUAUCCAUUAGUUGGUUUGACAAUGGAACAUAACGGAUUCUUGAAGGCUAUGGUCGUGCUAAUCUUGUUCAACGUAGCUGUUGCUGUAGAGAUGUUAAUUGUUGGUAUCUUGAUCAAAGAGCCAGGUACUUCGACUAUGAUUGGUGUGUUGAUCUUAUUGUUGUCGUUGUUGUUCGCUGGUUUGUUCAUCAACAGCGAGGAUUUGAAGGUUCAAAUCAAAUGGCUUGAAUGGAUUUCGCUUUUCCAUUAUGCCUACGAAGCUUUGUCGAUCAACGAAGUAAAGGACUUGAUAUUAAAAGAAAAGAAGUACGGUUUAUCUAUUGAAGUUCCAGGUGCUGUAAUCUUGAGUACUUUUGGAUUUGAUGUUGGUGCCUUCUGGAAGGAUGUUGCGUUCUUGGGUGGGUUAUCUGGAGCCUUCUUAGUAUUGGGAUAUCUUUUCUUACACAAUUUUACCAUAGAGAAAAGGUAA